AUGCGCCGCGUCCAACUCAUCGCAGGUAGCAAUGGACGGACCAUCUUCGGUUCCAAGCCUCGUUCCAGCAAACCUCUACCCAUCCUUCGCGGUCUCGCCACUUCCCCGAACACCAGCCACCUAACACCCACGCACAAGCCCCUCUCACCCCCAAGCGCCGCCACUCAAGAAUUCCUCGCGCGGGGACAGGCGUACCUCCUCCCGGUAUACGCCCGGCCCGAUUUUGUGCUCGCGCGGGGCAAGGGCGCGUACGUCUGGGACGUGGAUGGUCGGAAGUACCUCGAUUUUAGCGCCGGUAUCGCGGUGAACGCGUUGGGGCAUGCGGAUGAGGGUGUAUUGAAGGUCAUGAACGAGCAAGCUGGAAAGCUGCUGCAUACGAGCAAUGUUUACCAUAACGAAUGGGCGGGAAAGCUCGCUGAGCUUUUGGUUACGUUGACGCAGGCCGAAGGCGGCCUAGGAAACGCAGCUAACAGUGCUGCGGGCUCAAACGCCGGCGGCGAGACUGCGAGCGGCGGUGCAAAGGUGUUCUUUGCAAAUUCGGGUACAGAGGCCAACGAAGGUGCACUCAAAAUCGCGAGACGCGUCGGCAAGGACGUCUGGGCAGCCAAGGAGGGCAAGAGCUGGGACGAUGCGGCGUGCACGAAGAACCGAAUCGUAUGCUUCGAGAACUCGUUCCAUGGACGCAGCAUGGGUGCUCUGAGCGUGACGAGCAACCCCAAGUACCAGCGCCCGUUCGAGCCGCUCAUCCCGAACGUGGACGUCGGAAAGCUGAACGAUGUCCAGGCGCUUGAGCGGUUGGUUAACGAGGAUACGUGCGCGGUCAUCGUCGAGCCGAUCCAAGGAGAGGGCGGGAUCAAUGCUGCGAACGAGGAGUUCUUGAGGACGCUGCGCAGGAAGUGCGAUGAAGUCGGCGCGGUGCUGAUCUUUGACGAGAUCCAGUGUGGUUUGUACAGGACGGGAACGCUAUGGGCGCACUCGCCUUUGCCUGUGGAUUGCCAUCCUGACAUUGUCACAAUGGCGAAGCCGCUGGCGAACGGGUACCCCAUUGGUGCGGUGCUGCUUCGGGACAAGGUAGCGGCUACGAUGACUGCAGGCUCGCAUGGAACGACGUUUGGAGGGUCUCCUUUAGCGUGUGCGAUUGGGCACCAUGUCCUGUCGCGGCUGUCCUCGCGCGAGUUUUUGGGCUCGAUGCGAGAGACGUCCUCAUAUCUGGAGAAGCGGCUCGCACAAUUACCGAAGUGGUUCCCGGAGGUGGUUGAGGCGGGCGUGCGAGGACGGGGGUUAAUCCGGGGGCUUGGAUUCAAGGACGCAAGCACGCCUGGGAAGAUCGUCGAGCUUGCGCGGGAGCGGGGUGUAUUCGUGCUGACAGCUGGGAAGGAUGCCGUGCGGCUUGUGCCUUCUCUGAACGUGGGGCAGGCAGAGGUGGAUGUGGCGGUGGAUGUGCUGGAGAGCUGUUUGUCAGUGGCGAGUGGUAAUAGCCGAGCAGACUAG